AUGGGACGUUUCUUUUUGGCAACAGAGGAUCCAAAGAAGAGGAGAAGGAUGAGCGGACUGGGAACUGGCUGUUUCCCCAAGCGCCGUCUUCUUGUUAUAUUCCCGCCGUCUCCCACCAUCUACCCUCCAUCAAGCAGAGAGCGAGAGAGAGAGAGAGAGAGAUCUGGUUUCACCCUGAACUCUAUCUCACUUUCAAUACGAUACGGAUGUGCAUACGAUGAUGUAUCAAGGGCUGCAUCUUCAUACGAAUUCCUAAAAAAAGAUAUAUAUCCUCAACCCCCAUCACGCAGCUGGCCCCCCUCCCCGCCCCCUUCCAUCGAACAUUCGAUUGCAAACGGCGGCUGGAGUCGACAAACGCUCGUCGUGGAAUCUGAUAUAUUCAUAUCUAGAGAGAGGCUCCUUCCUUUCUUUUCUCUACCGUCUCACGCCGUCGAUUGCUGUUCAACAUACAAUACCCCUUCAGUACCCGGAUUUAGAGAGUAUAGAAUCGGCCCGGUGGCAGUUGACCUGCCUCGAUUAUCCACAGUAGUUAAACAAGGCGAAGAUAUAUCUAUACACAUGUCAACGUCUACCUGA